CCGCCAGUCCUCAGUGCUCGUGAGAACAUCAGCAACAAUCCAGACUCCGGCCCUCAGCCCUUCAAGAGACCCAGGCUUCCCCCGCGAGGAGCACAGAGGGGCCGCCCGCACUCCCGGCGCCGCCACCGCACCACCUUCAGUCCAAGGCAGCUGGGGCAGCUGGAGUCAGCCUUCGGGAGGAACCAGUACCCUGACAUCUGGACCCGCGAGGGCCUCGCCCGGGACACAGGCCUCGGCGAGGCCAGAAUCCAGGUCUGGUUCCAGAACCGCAGAGCUAAGCAGCGGAAACAAGAGCGGUUAUUGCUCCAGCCACUGGCCCAUCUGUCUCCGGCCACCUUCUCUGGCUUCCUGCCUGAGUCCCCAGCUUACCCCUACUCUUUCCCAACACCGCCUCCACCCGCGACCUGCUUCCCUCACCCCUACAGCCAGGCCCUUCCCUCCUCCCAGCCCGCCCCCGGUGCUCCUUUUGCUCUCCCACACCAGUCUGAGGACUGGUACCCCACCUGGCACCCACCCCCCGCUGGUCAUUUGCCCUGCCCCCCACCCCCACCCAUGCUUCCCCUCAGCCUUGAUCCACCAAAGUCCUGGAACUGAGGAGGGUGACCCCUGGCCUGUGGCUCCCAUGAGGCACAGAGAAAACUGGGUGUCUUCCUUUCCUUCCAGGGAUGGAGAAGAAACACAGGGAAGGGCAGCUCACAGAUAGGAGAUUUAAAAAUAGGGGUCAUGAAGGUUCAGUCAAGUGAUUAACAGAGAGAAUUUGGGGAGGUGGACUACUGGAAGAUGUGAGUAAAAGCCUCAGUGGAGGUGACUGGUGUAACUGCUGGUGAGUGGAGAUGAUUGAUGGAGACAGACCUUUCGGGGCUUCAUUCAUUGAGAUCAGAAUUGAAGCUCUUCAUCCCUGCUGUUCAUCUAUCUGAUUUCAGUAAGGCCUUCGAUUUAAAGUCUGCCUAUAUAUCACUUCCCCAUCACCUGCACCACCACCUAGUCAUUAACUCUUGUUCAUUCUGUCCUAGAAACUUAUCUUGAGUUGAUUACUCUCGUUUCCAUUCCAACAGGGGUUUGCUUUUUCAGGCCCCAUACUGUCUUAACCUAAAGGUCUUAUCCUCCAGCUUCCCCUAGCUGCAAUCUUUCUCAUUUCCAGCUGACCUUGCAAAUCCUAUUACCAAGGACUGGCUCUGCCAUGCCUUAUUUCAAAAAUAAGAAUAAAAAAUUUUUUAACCUAGUUAGCUUGGCCUGUAGGAGUCUUCAACAUCUAUCUUCCACAUCUUUUCAUUCUGCUGCACUUUUUAACAUAUGUGAUUUCUGAUAGAGCAGAAACUAUUAAAUUUAGGGUAGACUUUUCCAGGAGUAAACCAUGAGGUCAUUCCCAGGAAAGGACCUUCCAUGAAGCACUUGGUCUGAACUCUCCCUACAGAAACAGUGUAGCCGAAUUGCAGACACCAUUAUUAGACCAUAUAGUUUAUAAUUUACUUAUUUAUAUGUAGGGCUACCUCCCUUAUUGGCAGGUCCAUAAAUGUAUCCUCAAUAAACAAGCCUCUAACAAUGGA